AAAAACAAAUCGAAAAAAAAACUACACCCAAAAAACCGAACGCCAAAGAAAAAGUGACUCAAGUUCAUUUUUCAAAAGAAGGGGGGGAGGCAUACCGCACAGGAAGGAACUGGGAGAGCUGUAGCGAGGCCCGGAUUUGCCAGAACCUCUGUCCAAGGUGCUGAAACGUUCGCCCAAGGCUGCGGAAGCGGAGGAAGUAGAAGCCCGUGAGCCAGGUGGAGCAACUUGCGUCUUGAGCUCUGUUGCUGUCCAAGGUUCUGAUGCCGUCAGGUGCGCUCCGCCUCACCGGCUGGAAGCCCGGGCUCCGGGGACAUACUGCUGUCCGUGGUGCUGACUAGUCGCUCACUGUGCACUGCUCAUCAGGAAGAAGGCUUUGAUUAUACUACUUUUUAGUUGUCAUCAUUCUUUUCUUUUUUCCCUUCUUUUGCAAAUCUUUAUUUUAUUUAGAUUUUUAACUCAUUUUUCUCUUUUCCAAAGGGAAAACUAGACCGGAAACUUUCCCGUCUAUCCCCCCAAACUUGAAGCUUUCUCCCUCCCUUUCCCCAGUUCUUCCUCCCCGACACUCCCACCACCCCCCCUCAGGCACCGCAGCUCUUCGAGAUGCUGCAGAAGCGCUGAGCCCUUGUGGAUCUGAUGCGCAAAGGCGUUUGGCCCAGAGCUCCCCGGCUCCCCCAAGGCUGAACUCGGUCCAAGGUGCCCGCCAGCUCCCUGCCCGCCUGCCCCAUGCCAGCCCUCAGCUAGGGGCAGGGGCGGUGGCUGCUGGGGUUGGUGGGUGGGUGGGGAGGUUCUGGGGAGAAAAGGAAGCGGCUUGGCUAUGGAAGGCUCCAAUGGAUUUGGGAUCGACUCCAUCCUCUCGCACAGAGCAGGCAGCCCCGCCCUUCCCAAGGGGGACCCCCUGAUCGGGGACUGCCGCUCACCCCUGGAGCUGAGCCCCCGAUCGGAAGGCAGCAGCGGAUGCUCAUCUCCUGCUUCGCCAAGAAGGGACUGUCUGGACACUGGAGCACCACGGCCAGGCGGAGGGUCUGGCCAGGGUUUAGAUUCCCACCUGCAGCCCGGGCAGCUGUCAGCUCCAUCCCAAUCCCGCUCCGUGACCUCCUCUUUCCUGAUCAGGGACAUACUUGCCGACUGCAAACCGUUGGCCGCCUGCGCACCCUACUCCAGCAACGGGCAACCCGCAGCCCAGGAGCCGGGGGGCCGUCUUUCGGCUAAGCCUGGAGAGGACUUUAGAGACAAACUGGACAAAGGCAGCAGCAACUCUUCUUCUGAUUCAGAGUAUAAAGUGAAAGAAGAAGGUGACCGAGAAAUCUCCAGCUCCCGGGACAGUCCCCCAGUGCGCCUGAAGAAGCCGCGUAAAGCUCGCACUGCCUUUACGGACCAUCAGUUGGCGCAGCUGGAACGCAGCUUCGAGCGACAGAAAUACUUGAGCGUGCAGGAUCGCAUGGAGUUAGCCGCCUCGCUCAACCUCACUGACACGCAGGUCAAGACCUGGUAUCAGAAUCGCAGAACCAAAUGGAAGCGUCAGACGGCUGUGGGUUUGGAGCUGUUGGCAGAGGCAGGCAAUUACUCAGCGCUGCAACGGAUGUUCCCGUCGCCUUAUUUCUACCCGCAGAGCUUGGUUUCCAAUCUGGACCCUGGCGCAGCCCUCUACUUGUACCGGGGCCCCAGCGCUCCUCCGCCCGCACUUCAGAGACCUCUGGUACCCCGCAUCCUUAUCCACGGACUCCAGGGAGCCAGCGAGCCGCCCCCUCCCCUGCCUCCGCUCGCGGGCGUUCUCCCGCGAGCGGCACAGCCCCGGUGAGCCUCAGUCCCCAGCCUUAGCCACCCCGGGCGCUAGUUCUCCCUCUCCGCGCGGGCCGCGCAGCCCCCACCCUCACCCUAGUUCAUUGAUACCAAGAGUGAGGAGACAAGGGAGAGCAGAAUCCGCUGCGCGCCCGGAGGGGAGACAUCCUUCACCUAGAGUCCUCUCUUGGAGGAAUGGGAAUUGAAAAUCCUCCCUGCCGAGUAUAAACUCUCCCAAUCCCCUCAUCGCUCCAGAACAGCUUCCCACAAGGGGCCAAAGGUCAAAACUCCAAGAGCUGGCCAGCGGCUGAUUCCCACUUCAUCCCCAACUCUCAGUCGCCGCGCUUCACUCAAACCAGCCGAGGAUGGGGUCAGUUUGCCCUAACCGGGUUAUAUCUGACUCUGGGCAUACAUUUAUCCCUACAGCUCUUCAUCCUGCCCCCGCCCAAUUUGCUUCUUAAUCACCGAGGAAUUUGACCCGUAAGGCGCCUCCUCUCCCUGCUUUUCCCCCAGUCUGUGUGGGUGGGUGGGUGGAUGAAGGAACCACGAGCUGCUCGCUCAGUCCCUAGUCCCUUUGCUCCAGGUCUCUUGCUGUAUAUUUGUCCCUUCCUCCCCAUAUCCUACAGAAUGGGGAGGGCAGGGUGGAAAACGCGGACAGCUGCUUGUACUGUGACGCCCUCCCCUUUCCCUCUCCUCUUCCUCUCCCCCAGCGGGAGCCCCGGCCGGACCCAGAGGAGAGUCUGACCGGGCCGGGCCGAGCUGUACAUACCGCGUGUAAAGUGUAUAUGAAGUUAUUUAUUCGUGACCCAUGAGCCCGUGACCGUGUCCGUGAAUUUGUGAGUCUGUAGCCUGCGCCUUCCCCGCUCCCGGGCGUGGCAGGAAGGGGCCAAGGAGACUUGCUUAUGCAGCCCCCAACCUCCAGCCCGGACCCCUGGGCCAGCCAGGUCCCUUGGGCUCGCGCUCUCUUUUUUAAAUGUCGAAAUAAACUUCUUACAAAUCCAUACGCCUGCUCAUGUGCACGCUGCCUUUCGCCUAGUACUCUGCUCCUCCAGCCCUUGGGUCUUCCACCCCUUACAAUUUGGCCUCUCCCUUCUUCUGAUCCUACACUGAUGCCAUCUUACUUAC